GCAUUGAUUUCAGUGUGAAUUCUGAUGGUGUUAUCAGUCUCAAAAUGUAUCUUACUGGAAUCACCAACUCUGAGUUGGCGCUUGGCAGCAGUUUCAGCGCCGACCUGUAGAGAAUAAUUUGGGAGCUUACCGCGCCCCCUGUUGCGCGUCAAGCGAUCAGGGUAGAAAACAUGGAUGAGAGCAUCUCCUCUGUGUCCUUGAAUUUUAUGUUAUCUAAGAGGGAAGAGAGAGAGAGAGGGAGACAUGUCGAGACAAUACUGAGAGCCACACUCCUGCUACAGUUCUGGUAAAAUGCCAUCCUUUUCCUAAUAGAGAGCUCACAUCCUCCCGGUCACUAUUGCGCCUGUCUUCACCCUUAUGCUCCAACUUGAACUUGGGUCCCGGGAGUCUCCUGUGUUGCGCACCGCAGCUCCAACGCCCCCUUCCCCUGCUCCUCCCCCCCCCCUCCUCCUCCUCCUCCUCCUCCUCCUCCUGCAGCAGCACCACUAAUCGAGCUGUAACGGGACACUUUCAGCGCACCAAACCUUUAGCCGCUUCCAUCUCUGAUAUGUUCAGUCAGACUCUCCGCCUCGGAUGAUGCGGACGCCGGAGAACUGUUGUUAUGGCAUGCACCGGCUGGGACUGCUCGUUGACACCCUGAUUUGGUGCUGAAGGAUCGGAGUGACUGUGAGGCGAAAGGGAUUUCAUAGCGAGCUGGUUUGGCCGUCUGGAGAUGAGUGCCGGGCGCAGGAUGGGUAGCUGCACUUUCUAAGUUCUUCUGAUGCCUGCGGAGGUUUGUGUUUGGAGUGCCUGCCUGAUACCAACACAUGUCUAGGCCCUCCGUAAUCCUGCCGCGGUGACACAGAGGAUCCCCAUCUGUCCCUGGACACCCCGGUGGUACAUAUUUGGCUCCUUGACUCAUCCAGCUCAUCCCCUGCAGCUAUCAGCCACUGAUCAGUUCUAACCCUCUCUCUAUUCAGGCCCUCCUUUUCCAGACUCUCCUUCAAACUGGGAUUAUCCACUAAUCAGAUGCUGAAUCCUGAUACAUCAGCUGAGUCUAUUGUGGUUCUCUGACAGCGGUGUCAAAACUCACUGACAUUCAAAUGUAGAAACAGGUUAUUUGACGCUCCUGAUUCCUCUUGUUUCUAUGUUUUUCUGUUUGUUGGAAGGCAAAGCCAUAGCUAGUAUGUUGCUGAGACCGAAACGACUGAAAGCUACAGCCAUUUUUAUGCUCAGCUUGUCUACACUAGACCUGAGCUGUGGCAGGAAAGCUUCUCUCAUGUCCAAGUGUUAAUGAUAGUUGUUGGAGGGGUGUGAUUCAGAAUAGGCUGCUGUGUCCUGAGACUCAAAACUUGAGUCUGGUGCAAUUUGUAGACUUUUUCUGUCGUUAUUACCUGGUGUGAGCUGCCCAGUCAGGAGCAGCGUGCUUUCCAGAUGCUGCCAUGCCCAUCAUCAGCAACGCCAACCAUGACUUCAGCAAUCUGUCUGUCAGCGAUGACAGCAGUCUUGACCGCAUCUUCACCGAGAUCCCUGAGACUGAGACCGUCAAGGGUGUGCACUACCAGAGGGCUCAGUUCAUCCGUCGGCCAGAGGACCUUGUGUCCGUAGACCAUGCCCUUCUAGCAGUGAUUAACGUUGGGGGAAACCGCUACACCUUCCCCUGGAGCACCUUGGAGCAAUUUCCCCUGACACGCCUUGGCCGCCUCUGUGGCUGCCGGUCACCUGAGGACAUUGCCAGCAUUUGCGAUGACUACGACGAAGCCCGCAAGGAGUUCUUCUUCGACCGUUCGCCGUCAGCCUUCAGGGUCAUCCUUAACUUCUUGGCUGCGGGAAAACUGCGCCUGCUGCGGGAGAUGUGCGUCCUCUCCCUGCAUGAUGAGCUGACCUACUGGGGAGUGGAGAUGGCCUACAUGGAACGCUGCUGUAAGAGGAAGAUGUACACACGAAUUGAAGAGGUGCACGAGCUGGAGCGGCGAGAGGAAGAGCGCAGGCAGAGAAACGCCAUGCAGCGUGUGAUAGUGGAGGAGACAAGGUACCGAAAGGUGAUGAACUGGCUGAGAGAUAUGGUGGAAAAUCCACAAUCUGGCUUACCAGGGAAGAUCUUUGCCUGCAUGUCGGUGAUCAUGGUUGCAGUGACUGUCGUCAGCUUGUGUAUCAGCACCAUGCCAGACCUCAGAGAGGAAGAAGACAGGGGUGAGUGUUCCUCCAAGUGCUACAACAUGUUCAUCAUAGAGACAGUAUGUGUGGCCUGGUUCUCCCUGGAGUUCAUCCUGCGCUUCAUUCAGGCCCGCAGCAAGCUGGACUUCCUCCGCGGGCCACUCAACAUUAUUGACGCCAUGGCCAUCCUACCCUACUAUGUGUCCUUGGUGGUGACAGAGGAGGAUCCAACCCUGGAGCACGAAAGGCCAGGGGGAGGUAAGGGCUAUUUGGACAAACUGGGCCUGGUGUUGAGGAUUCUGCGGGCCUUGAGGAUUCUCUAUGUGAUGCGGCUUGCUCGCCACUCUCUUGGCCUACAGACACUGGGGCUGACAGUCAGACGCAGCACCCGGGAGUUUGGCCUCCUCCUGCUUUUUCUUUGCGUGGCCGUCACCCUCUUCUCCCCACUGGUCCACUUGGCUGAGAGCGAGCUCACUGGCACCCAUGACUUCAGCAGCAUCCCUGCCUCCUACUGGUGGGCCAUUAUCUCCAUGACAACAGUGGGCUAUGGCGACAUGGUACCUAGGUCCAUUCCAGGACAGGUUGUAGCACUGAGCAGCAUUCUCAGCGGGAUUCUCAUCAUGGCGUUCCCUGCUACCUCCAUCUUUCACAUGUUCUCCCGUUCCUACCAAGAGCUCAAGAUGGAGCAUGACCGGUUGUUCAAAGAGGAGUGCGCGGCGGCUGCAGCUGCUGCUGCUGCCUCUGGGGAGAUGCAGGAGGUGGGGGGUGAAGGAGUUGGGGGGGACUCAGUGGGAUUACGUCUAGACAAGGAUAGUGUGCACUCACUGGAAUCUCUCGCACUGUUGGGGAAAGGUGAUGAAUCGGCAGGAAAUAACAACCACAGCCUGCCAGCAGCAGCUUUCUGAACAGUACUUACACUGACUGACUCAAUCCUAAGCUCCCAAGAGGAUAUGAGUUCACAAAUCUCUGUGUUGCAUACAAUGAAAGGACUAUUGCUCCAAAGGCCUCACUUCCCAUAAAGGGUUGAGGAAGGGUUCUGUGUUGCAUUGGACUAAACAGCAUUUCCUUUCCUUUUUGGUCUACUGAUAAAAAGAUCAAAACUGUGCACACUGUGGACUACAUACAAAAAGAAAGACUAAAAAACCCUUUAAAUUGGACAGUCACAGCAUGUCUGACCAGAAAGCCAAUAUUAUUAACCAACUGCUUCCAUAAACAUGCAAUAUUCAAUCCAAAGUUGCUUUUCCUUCCACUGUGAAAAUACCUAUAGGCCCAACUAUAACUUUUAGUUUUGUUCUUAUUAUUUUUAAUAUGUUGCCUACAGUAUGACCUCGAAAUGUGUCUUUUACUGUAUACUCUACUUUUCUGUCAUGAGUUGAAAGAAGUGCUCAUUUUAGGCCUCAGUCAGGCCAGAUCAGGUGAUGCAACGUACAGGCUAGUCUUCCCAGUCAUUUUGAGAAUGAGUAGUGCAUGUAGACAGUUGUGGCGCAGGCUGGAGGGGUUUCAAAAUAAAUAAACACAACUGCCCUAGGGUGAAAAGUUAAACUAAAGUCAACAUGUGCAGAAACACAACCCAGCACCAUGCUGCUGUGACCAAUCGCAUAACCCAGGGAUCACACUGGCUGGUCAACAUCAUUGUUGCUCAAGCCUUUUGCGACUUCCUCCAUGUUUUCUAUAAUGUCGUUUUUGGCACCUCAGACUACUUUGUGCUACCAUGAGACGGCAGGAGGGGCGAAGUACUCUUCAAACUUGUUACAGAUGGAGAAAGCCUUUCUGGAAGAGUUACACCACAGCACAACCUUUUGCUAAUCACCACAGCACCUGAUUGCGUCUGAAUGAGGCCUUAGUUUAUUUUUGAAAAGCUUAAAGCCAUGUUCUGAGAAGAAAUGUAAACAACAUGAUGGUUUGGCCCAUGUAUGAUGUAUAGCCAUUUCCCUCUCUCUCUCUCUCUGUCUCUGUCUCUCUCACACAUGUAUGUUUGUAAGCUCAAAGAGGUGAUGGUUUUUCCAUUUUCUGCCAUGACCUCUGGGUAAACUUUGUGAAGACAUUACAGAGGUUUUGAUCCAAAUCGUUUUUUAAUAAGGUGAUGAGAAAAUGAAAGGAUGGAGAGAAAGAAGGAGUGUUUGUGUUGGAGAGAGAGAAUGUGUAAGUGAGAGACAACAAACACUAACAACCAUGACAUGUACUUUGCAGCGCUCCAAAUAAAAGCUCUCCUAGUAAUCUGA